AAUAUCUUUAAAUUCGCCACAAUUGAUCUCUUUUCGGUCUCGGACGCCCUAGGCUGUAAAUCUAUUUUUGGGAGCAAGAGGGAAGAAGAGGGAGAGGGGGCAAGGCGAAGAGGGUGAGUUAUAACCAGAGAGGAGGAGCAGGAGGUUCGAGGAGAAAGAAAUGGGAGAUGGUGUGAAGUAUUUGGAGCAGCAGAGGGCAUUGCAGCCGGAGCUUGCAGAAUGGUAUGCCGCCAUGGCGGAUCUUUAUGAGCGCAAGCUGUGGCAUCAACUCACCCUCAAACUGGAUCAGUUCUUGCCUCUUGCGGUUCUGCAGGGUGGUGACACACUUAUUCAGCUAUAUCACAAUUUUAUUACAGAAUUUGAAACAAAGAUAAAUCUGCUUAAGCUUGCACAUUUUGCUGUCAUAGUUUCACGUCAGUACACAGAAAAGGAGGCUGCUAUUAGUUUCAUGGAGGGAGUAAUUGAGAAGCUUCGUGCUACAAGGGAGAUGAGGGUUGAGGAACCCAUUAUAUAUGUUAGAAUGCAAAUAGCUGCAUUCAAACUUGAGCAAGGUGAACAGAGAGAGUGCAAAAGGCUACUAGAUGAUGGCAAAAGCACUCUAGAUAGUAUGACAGAUAUUGAUCCUACUGUUUAUGCAAGCUACCAUUGGGUCUCAUCGCAAUAUCAUAAAUCAAGACAAGAAUUUGCUGAGUUUUACAAAAGUGCACUUCUCUAUUUGGCUUAUACAACUGUAGAGUCUCUUUCGGAACCAUUUAAGCUGGAUUUAGCGUUUGACUUAUCUCUUGCUGCUCUGCUUGGAGAUAAUAUAUACAAUUUUGGAGAAUUAUUGGCCCAUCCAAUUGUGAAAAGUCUUCUGGGAACAAGUGUAGAAUGGCUUUACUACAUUUUGCAAGCUUUUAAUUCUGGUGAUCUUGUUCGAUAUCAAGAACUUUGCCAUAUUCAUAUGGCAGCCCUUAAUGCACAACCAGGUCUUGUUGAGAAUGAGAAAAAAUUGCUGGAAAAGAUUAAUAUCUUGUGUUUGAUGGAGAUCAUAUUCAGCCGGCCUUCAGAAGAUCGAACAAUCCCAUUGAGGGUCAUUGCAGAACGUACCAAAUUAUCAGUAGAAGAUGUUGAAUAUCUUCUUAUGAAAAGCCUUUCUGUGCAUUUGAUUGAAGGGGUUAUUGAUCAAGUAGAAGGGACUGUGCAUGUAUCUUGGGUGCAGCCCAGAGUGCUGGGAAUCCCACAAAUCAAAUCAUUACGGGACAGGCUUGACAACUGGUUGCAUAAAGUCCAUACAACUGUUUUGGCUGUUGAGGCUGAAACACCAGACUUAGUGGCAUCAUGAGUGGAAGGGUAAUAGUCUCUGUGAAGUAUUCAGUUUAUUCUCUAUAUAAAAUUGAUAACUUUAUUAUUACCUAUUGAGUAGGUCUUCUGACAUUGUUUGAUUCAAGUGGAGGUUUUUAGUUUUUAGUUUUCUUGGUUUUGACAGCUAAGAUAUUAGAGAUCUGUAAGAUCAGCUUUGGAAUUCCUCCCCUCCCAACGCUGUAGACUCAUUGGAGUAUUCAUAAACUCUUUUAGGAGGAAGAUUCAGUACAUUAAAUUAUUGAUUUUGUAAUUUCCUUUAAGAGGGGUCUGAAAAUGUUGGAACUAUAAGCAUUACACAGUGGCAUUCAGAUUUAUUACAAUUAGAAUUCACAUGCCUUUAAUUAUGA